GAAGUGCCCGCGUGGAAGAAGAAAUAAGAGGAGAAACCAAGGGCAAUAGAAAUAAGCGUUGGAGGAGCCUCCCUUCCUCUUCCAUUGGAUAACGGGAUUACAUGGUCUUGCUUCUGCUAAACCCUGUUCUCCCGUUACCCAGUCCAUUCAAUCCUUCUUCUUCCUCUUGAUUCAUGGGAGAAUUUCGGGAUUGAAAGGAUUUGCUUCCUGGAUUUGUGUGAUUGGUUUCUCUGUAUCUGUUGAUGUAUCUUAUUAUUAUUGAAGAAGAGGAUCGGCUUGUGAACUUGCCCAAUUCUUUUCUGGGUAUUCUCAGGCCAUCGAAUCUACCCUUUGAGCAAAAGGCCUUUUCAUUUUGUAUCCCUAGAGAUAGAUGGGAUAAGGAGUUCUUCAAGCUGCAGGGUGGCUAAUUGUUGAUUCGUCUGAUUUCACAAAGUUAUUGUACUAUAGUUGGGAUCCAAUUGGAAUUUUUUGGAUGGAUUCUACACAAGGGUCUACAUUGUCUGCUAAUAUGGCAAAUUUAAUUGAUGGUACACCUACUCGCCGACAGUUUUCUUACAUGGAUAGUAUGCCUGUUUAUGUUAAGGAGCUUAUUGCUGGUGGAGCUGCAGGAGGAUUUGCCAAGACUGCCGUUGCACCUCUUGAAAGGACUAAAAUACUUUUGCAGACAAGAACUGAAGGGUUUCAAUCUCUCGGGGUGUUUCAGUCCUUGAAGAAAUUAUUAAAGCAUGAGGGAAUUUAUGGCUUUUAUAAGGGAAAUGGAGCUAGCGUUAUUCGUAUCGUUCCUUAUGCCGCCCUACAUUUCAUGACAUAUGAGCAGUAUCGUGGUUGGAUUUUGAAUAAUUGUCCUGCUUUAGGUUCAGGGCCUGUUAUAGAUUUAUUAGCUGGUUCAGUGGCUGGAGGAACAGCUGUUAUGUGCACAUAUCCCUUAGAUUUGGCUCGCACUAAACUUGCUUAUCAGGUUUUGGACACAAGUGGAAGUUUCAGAUGUGGAAUGAAAAAUGUAUGUGCUCAACCUGCUUAUGGUGGUGUAAAAGACAUUCUUACAAGUGUCUACAAGGAAGGGGGAACACGUGCACUGUAUCGAGGAGUAGGUCCUACGCUUAUCGGGAUCCUUCCUUAUGCUGGUUUGAAGUUCUAUGUUUAUGAGGAGCUUAAGAGGCACAUUCCUGAAGAGCAUCAAAAGUCCAUUGUGAUGCGUCUUUCUUGUGGAGCUCUAGCUGGGUUAUUUGGGCAGACCUUCACAUACCCCUUAGAUGUUGUUAGGAGACAGAUGCAGGUUGAAAAUUUGCAACCUUCAAUUCAAGGUCAUGUUAAAUACAGGAGCACAUUGGAUGGUCUAUCGACUAUAGUCCGCAAUCAAGGAUGGAGACAGUUAUAUGCUGGCCUGAGCAUUAAUUAUAUCAAGAUUGUUCCGUCUGUGGCAAUUGGCUUUACUGCAUAUGACAUGAUGAAGAUUUGGCUUCGAAUUCCACCCCGACAGAAGUCCCAAUCAGUUUCCACUGGAUAAAUCUCUGACCACACAAUUACUUGAAACAGCUUGUACUAAUCAUUAGCAAUGCGUUAUUUUUGUGCAAUUUUGAAAUGGGUCUAAAAUGUUUGACAAGCAUGAGAAAGGGUUUCCAUGUUGGGUGAAGUAGACUGUGCAAUCGGUCUGAUCGGUUCCGAACUGAAAUGAAUUGUAGAAACUGAAAAAUCAAACUGCUAAUAAAUGUGAACCGAACUGAUGAUUGUCAAACUGUCCACAAGGCAGAAUUAGCUUAUGCUAAUCAAUUUAUUGCUGUUGGCUUGGAACUAUCAAUUCCAUAUUAAGAACAAGAGCUUGAUCUUGGUAGUGAAACCUUAAAAAAUAAAGGUAAUCUUUUGUCUU